UUAAAAUGGCAAACUUUGUUAAUUGAGUUAAUCGCUUAUAACAGCUGAAGUGUUCAGCUUCUUUUUGGUGUGAUUUUAUGGGAAUGUACACCCAACAUUUGCGAGUUAAAUUAUAGCUAGCUAGCAAGCAAGCGAACGAACGCGAGGGACAAUCAUUGUGAACGUUUAGACACAAGCCAUGGACAUACGACCCAACCACACCAUUUACAUCAACAAUGUAAAUGACAAAGUUAAAAAAGAAGAGCUGAAGCGAUCGCUGUAUGCGCUGUUCUCUCAGUUCGGGCAGAUCAUUGACAUUGUAGCCUUGAAGACGAUGAAGAUGAGAGGACAGGCGUUUGUUGUCUUCAGAGAACUGGGCUCUUCUACAAAUGCUCUUCGCCAACUGCAGGGAUUUCCUUUCUAUAAUAAACCUAUGCGCAUACAGUAUGCCAAAACGGACUCUGAGGUCAUCUCUAAAAUGCGCGGCACGUUCGGCGACAAGGAAAAGAAGAAAGACAAGAAGAAGAAGGCUCUGGAGUUAGCGGCGAACCCAGCUAAGAAAGCAGCUCUGGGUACAAAUGCACUGCCAAAUGCUGCUCCAGCUCAACAGACUCCUGACAAUCCACCAAACUACAUCCUGUUCCUCAACAAUCUUCCAGAGGAAACCAAUGAGAUGAUGCUGUCUAUGUUGUUCAAUCAGUUCCCUGGUUUUAAAGAGGUGCGGCUGGUGCCGGGCAGACACGACAUCGCCUUCGUGGAGUUUGAGACGGAGGGGCAGGCGGGCGUGGCCAGGGACGCGCUGCAGGGCUUCCGCAUCACCUCCACCUGCGCCAUGAAGAUCACCUACGCCAAGAAGUAGCCCCGACAGACGGGCGGGAGGCUAUUGUGGACUGUGGCAGCAUUUUAGCUGCUCCUCAUGAUGAUUUUGUGUUUUAUUUUUAUUUUUUGUAAUAAAUGCUUUUUUAGGCAGUUGAGGAUCAUCUGUGCUUUGGUUCUGAAUGUGGGAAAUCCUUUGGAAACGAGAUGGACUGCGGGAAAUUUAUCUUGUUUCAUUUUUUUGAAAACAAAAGUGGCUGUCUCCUGUGAUUAGAGUAAUAAAAGUAUCACAAGGAAGUUUUUUUUUUAAAAAAGCUUCCGCAGUUUUUUACAAGUUCAUUCUCAUUUAAUCCCUUUGUACAAGCCCCUCUGGGCUCAACUAGACAUUCAGUACUACUCCAACCAUACUAUGAGUGGAAACAACCAACUGUUCUGGCUUUAUUAGUAGAUGAUACUCAACAACUUUUGCCACCAUUGUCGCAUAGUUCAUUCAUUUAACAAGCACCCCCCACCCAGUCAUAUCUGCAACUAGCGUGACAGUCAACAACAGCAUUUAUCUGUGAGUUAAUAAAAUAUUUAGCACAAGGUAAAGCCGUCUAUAGCCUGAUGUAAUUAUUUUUGAUGUCAUUGUACAGGUAUUCGUAUCACCAUGGGCCAUGGAAAAUAUUCCUUUAUAAUUUACUUUGUGCUGAUAUGUACUAAGUCAACAUACAAUUUGAACCUAUGCUAUAGGUAAAGUAAUUCUCACUUGAAAAUUUAAUUCAUGAAUUGGAUAUGGACAUAAUUUACAUUUAAUUUAAUUUCUGUUCCAACCCUACAGGAAUUGGUAUGUUUAUUUGGCUUUGGCUGUAGAACAAAUAAAAAUGGAAAUAUUUACAUUUAUAA